CUUCCAGACCCUCACGGCCAGCCACAUGAAUCAACAUAAACGACUACCUUUUACUAUUUACACAAAAUUUAUCGUCUUACAACCCUUAUAAAAGCCAGCAAAAAGCUCACACAAUGAAGAAGGUGAUUUUAUACAUCGGCACCUCACAAGAUGAUUUUGUAGCGGACAAGGAUGGAGGAGUUGGUUGGUUACCACAGCCAGACCAAGGGGAUGUAGCUACAGGCUCACACGACUUCAAAACCGUGUUAGACCGUGUCGACACUAUAAUCAUGGGAAGCAAGAGUUACAAACAGAUUCUAACGUUCGGCAAUUGGGCUUGGCCGGAUAAGCAUUCUUAUAUCCUGAGUUCCAAAGAAAUAGAUGUCCCCCUUCCAUGUAUUACUGUGACGAAGGAGAGCCCAACGGAGCUGAUGCAAAAGAUCCGGAGUGAGGGCAAACAAGGGAAAGAUAUCUGGCUGCUCGGUGGUGCUGGGGUGGCUAGAAGCUUUGAAAAGGAGGGCUUGAUUGAUGAAAUUCUUCUGUCUGUUAUCCCUAAAACACUCGGCGAAGGAAUACCUCUAGGGCUGUCUUAUGAUGGGUUCGAGUUGAAGAAUGAAAAGACUUUGGCUAAUGGGAUGAUACAGCGGGCCUAUCUGAGGAAGAGUGCUUAGAAAAGAAGCUAGUUAUUGUUUACAAGGUAUGAUCAUCUGCAAAAAAUGCUUGAAUAUUUUA